AUGUCGUCCUCGGGGAAUCCGACGGGCUGGAAUGAUGGUCCUUGUUCGGUCAAAGACUCCGACAGUGAGGACAGCGAAGUUCAAGUUGGCGAAAUUGGACAUAUCUGCGAAGUCAGAGAUGCCUUUGCCGAAUUCGACAAAUCUGGCCAGUUGGUCAAAUGGCUCGACGAGAUCCCCGAUAAGAGCCCUGAACUCGAGGAAGAAGAGCUAGUCCUCAAGGCUAAACGGAUUCGCGAUACUUAUGCUAUCGUCUGUGGUCGCUACCCAACCGAGGAAAAUACCUGGGAGGUUCGGACCAUCUGGAUCAACAAUCCCAUUCUGCAGGAUAUUCUACGAGAGAUUGCUGAUCCUCUUGAGUGGGGUUCCAGAGAUGAAACUAUCAAGUUUCAAAAGCCGUUUGUCCGCUUGGUUCAUCACUGGGAGCAAUUGUGCGAGUUAGCAGAUGUCGAUGCUGGUUCCGAGACCCAGAAGUUCAUGAAACUAUUCACGGAUUUACUCAGGGGCAAACUGCGAGAUACUCUCAUCCGAGUCAAGAAGAUCAUGAAGACUGGAUGUGCUGCUUACAGUGACCUUCAAUUUGUCUUCAAGCCUGGUCAGCUCUUCUUUGACUCCCGCUCUCCUAUGGACGAUGGAGAGGAGUAUCGCUCGGCCGAGUCGACCUUCUCUAUGCCCUACUUCGGCGACAUUCGGCCUAUCUCCGAACUCAGCGUCCGACCAGCAUGGGCCUGUUCAGAAGAUGACAUCAAGAGCAUGAAGGCUGCUCUCGUCGAACGUGGCCGCAAGUAUGAAGCACUACGAGGCAUUCAUUACCGCUUUUAUCCCGGUAUUCUAAAGAAAGAGCACACUCAUUGUGAAGCUAAGGCAUCAGGUUGGGGGCAAGCCAGCAUCCCAAGUAUCCCAAGCCUCCCCACUCAAGCGAUCGCAGGACGAGUAAUCGUCGAUGCGGCAGGUCAACAUGGGCGUCAGGGUAGCUCCCCCGACCCCCUGUCCAGUCUUCGAAUCAGCAGUGCAAUGUACAGGAACGGACAAUAUUCCAAGGCCCCUACUUCUAGUGACCACCAAGAGUCACAGGAAGAUAGCGACUGGGAGUACGAAGAAGUCGAGGAUCCCAAGCGCCUCACGGAUGAGCAGGCUAUGUUGACCGUUUCAACCGUGAAGUGUUUCUCGAUCGAAAACAAGACGUGGUGUACGGCCCGGAUCGACGAUCUCAGAGACAUUGAAUGGAACACACACGCCUUUGACAAUCUCGUCAUCGAUGAAGCAGAGAAGAGACUCCUGGUCGGAUUUAUAGGUGCAGCAAAUAACGGAAAGUUGCAGCAUUUCGACGACUUUGUCAAUGGAAAGGGAAAGGGUCUUGUCAUGCUCUUGUGUGGUCCCCCCGGUACGGGAAAGACAUUCACUGCAGAAUCUGGUUCGUUUCAGUGGUUUUCAACCAAUGGACCCUUUGCUAAUGGAAGCAUAGUCUCCGAACAUCUCAAGCGCCCUCUCUACCGCGUUGAUACUUCGGACCUGGGGAUGGAUCCCAAGACUCUGGAGAGUAAUCUCAAGACUGCUCUUGAUCGCUGUGCCCGCUGGGAUGCCAUCCUAUUACUUGAUGAAGCCGAUGUGUUCCUUGAAAAGCGCACCAGCAGCAAUCUUACACAGAACGAGAUGACUACCAUUUUCCUUCGCGUCCUGGAAUACUACAAGGGCAUCAUGAUGCUCACCACGAACCGCUACCUUGCAAUCGAUCCCGCGUUCGAGUCACGAAUCGACCUUUCAUUUGUCUUCCAGGAUCUUGAGCCAGCCUCCCGAGCCAAGGUAUGGUACAACUUUCUUAUCAGAGAGGACAAGGCGUUGGCUGAAGACAACGAUGCGAUUGCGAAGCUGGCCAGCAUGCCUCUGAAUGGCCGACAGAUCAAGAGCGCCGUCAAGACAGCACGAAUCCUCGCUGCCAGCGAGAACUUGCCUCUUGCAGUUGAUCAUUUGCAGACGGUUGUUUUCAUGCGAAUGAAAUCGUUGAAGAUGCUGGAGUAG